AUGGCUUCCUCCAUUGUCCCACCAUAUGACCGACUAGCCGAAGUUAAAGCUUUCGACGAAACGAAAGCUGGUGUGAAAGGUCUGGUGGAUGCAGGAAUCCGAGAAAUCCCUCGGAUGUUUAUGCAUCCACCAGAAAUCUUAAAUCCCAAGGCCCCGGCGGCCGUCAACUGUUUGGAAAUAAUUCCAACGAUAGAUCUAGGUUCCACCAAUAGAUCAUCAACAGUUGAGAAGAUCCGUAGAGCUUCAGAAGAUAUAGGAAUAUUUUAUGUAACGAAUCACGGGAUACCGAUGAGCGUGAUGGAGGAAAUGCUCAACGGUGUCCGUAGAUUCCAUGAGCAAGAUGUUGAGGUGAAGAAAAAGUUCUACACAAGAGAUGCAUCUAAAGCAGUGGUGUAUAACUCCAAUUUCGAUCUGUAUUUCUCGUCUGUGGCUGGAUGGAGGGACACUUUUGCUUCGAUUAUGGCUCCUACCCCUCCGCCCUAUGAGGAAUUGCCGGAGGUUUGCAGGGACAUAAUGAUGGAGUACUCGAAUGAAUUGAAGAAACUAGGUGUCGUAAUAUUUCGGUUGAUCUCUGAGGCCUUGGGGCUGGACCCUGAUUAUCUAGGAGAUAUGGAUUGUGACAAGGGCUUUAGGCUCCUCUGCAAUUAUUAUCCGGCUUGUCCACAACCAGAUCUAACCAUGGGUGUAGCUCCACAUACAGAUCCUAAUUUCUUGACUGUGCUUCUACAGGGUGAAAUUGGAGGCCUCCAAAUACUUCAUCAAGAUCAAUGGGUUGAUGUUACUCCUGUUCCUGGUUCUCUUGUAGUCAACAUUGGAGACUUACUACAGUUGCUAUCAAAUGAUAAACUGAAGAGCCUAGAGCACAGAGCGGUUGCAAAAGAGAAAGGGCCAAGGGUGUCCGUUGCUUGUUUCUUCAGGAGCUUGGAGACGUCGAGGACGUAUGGACCACUCAAGGAUUUUGUUUCCAGUGACAACCCACCGAGGUACAGGGAAACUACCAUUGAGGAGUACUACUUUCAACAUUCCUUAGGCAAGCCAAUCGACGAUAAUAUUCAUCGUUUGCAACGUCUGAAACUUUAA